AUGGACGCCAUCCCAUCCCAAUCUGUCGACGACGCGGUGCGUCUGUCCGCAAAGCGGACCGCCGAACUCUUCGGCGCCGAGUACUUGAUGGUAACACCUUCGACACUUACAGACGGCUCCAUCGGCGUCUCCUACCGACGAAAGGCCGAAUACGAAGACGUCACCGAAUUACCACGCGCGCUCGCAGAGAAGCAGGCGAAGGCCACCGCCGGCCGCACGAAACGCGUAAAGAUUCAAGCACAGACACCCGCGGACGGUAGCGGCCAAUCUAUGUCACUUGUGAGACGGCCAUCGAGUACGGGGGCAGGUGCUGCACCGGCCGGGGAACAGCCUACGAGUUUGAUCCAGAGACCGUCGGCCACGCAGCAACAACGGCCUGAAUGGCACGCGCCUUGGAAGCUGAUGCGCGUCAUUUCCGGGCAUCUGGGAUGGGUACGAGCAUUGGCGGUGGAACCGAACAAUCAGUGGUUUGCUAGUGGAGCAGGUGAUAGGACUAUCAAGAUUUGGAAUUUGGCGACCGGUGCCUUGCGACUUACGCUUACUGGUCACAUUUCCACUGUUCGUGGCUUAGCGGUGUCACCGCGGCAUCCGUAUCUUUUCUCCUGUGGUGAAGAUAAGAUGGUCAAGUGCUGGGAUUUGGAGACAAACAAGGUCAUCCGACACUACCACGGUCAUCUCAGCGGUGUUUACACGCUCGCCCUCCACCCUCGUCUCGACCUGUUAGUCACCGGUGGUCGUGACGGAGUGUGCCGAGUCUGGGACAUGCGGACACGAAGCAAUGUCCACGUUCUCGGUGGACACAAGGGGACAGUGGCAGACAUCAAAUGCCAAGAAGCCGAUCCUCAGAUCAUCUCCGGCUCGCUCGAUUCCACAGUCCGGUUGUGGGAUCUGGCGGCUGGAAAGAGCAUGGGCGUUCUCACGCACCACAAGAAGGGUGUUCGCAAUCUCGCCAUUCACCCUACCGAGUUCACAUUCGCCAGUGCCAGUACUGGCAGUAUCAAGCAAUGGAUGUGUCCCAAGGGUGACUUUAUGCAAAACUUCGAGGGUCACAACUCUGUCAUCAACUCUCUCGCUGUCAACGACGAGAACGUGCUUUUCUCCGGUGGUGACAACGGCUCCAUGUCCUUCUGGGACUGGAAGACCGGCCACCGCUUCCAGUCUAUCGAGACAACCGCACAGCCAGGUUCGCUUGAGGCUGAGGCUGGCAUCAUGGCUUCUACCUUCGACCGCACUGGUUUGCGUCUUAUCACUGGUGAGGCUGAUAAGACUAUCAAGGUCUGGAAGCAGGAUGAGGAGGCGACGCCUGAAACUCACCCUCUUACUUGGGCCCCGACUCUCGGUAGACAGCGGUAUUAA